AAUUGUAGUUUAAAGAUGGCGCUACCCGGUGUUUUACUCGUGCGGCUCAGAGCCCUAUGCAAUAUUGCCAAAUGUGUACAUACAGGAGGCAAAACAGCGUCCAACUGGGGAAGAGAAAUGCGGUGGUAUCGGACAAAAGCAAGAAGCUUUCAGGAACACGAUACAUCAUAUUCCCAGGUUAAACGAGGUAACGUGAGCCCAAACCUCUUGAAGGAGUUUCCAGAUCCUAAAGGUCUCUUGAAUAACACCAUCUCCCGUUCACUGGGAGUGAACGACCUGUCCCAGUUCAUCCAGUACAGCUGCACGGAACAUGAGGGUGUCAAGAAAGCCACUGUCACACUACUGUGGCCCUGCAAGAUUGAAGAGGAGGGUCAUGCCUCCAAGAAGAUCGAUGCAGAGCGAUUUGCUGCAGCUGCUGCUUGUCUCAAGCUCCGAGAAAUGGGUGUCAUUGGUCCAAAUAAUCAGCUUCCCAGGAGGAAAGCCGGCAGGGGGAGAGGGGGGCUUCAUUCGGCUCUUUAUGAAAACGAGUUCGACUCUCAGACAGAAAAUGUCCACGUGUCUACAGCGAAAGCAGAUGAACAAAAAAAAUGGCUGUUUCCCGAAGAAGACACCUCCAACAUGUCUGAGGCUCUCUCCCUGUUUCCUCAACCUAAAUCUCUCCUCACCAGGGUCAUCCAGGUGGCCACAUCUUCCAACAGAGUCAGGGAGCUGAUGCAGUACAGGACAACAGGAGGGAAGCUGAAGAAGUGUGAGCUGACCCUGCACUGGCCAGAGGAGAUGACAUUCUCGGCCACAGCGAGCAACCGAGUGACGGCAGAGAAGAGAGCUGCGGCUCUUGCCUGCGUCAAACUGAAAGAGAUGGAAAUGCUGGAUAAAGACAAUAACCCGCUGACUCACGCAAAGUACCAUCGGGAGAAGGUGAGGGAGGCUGGAGAGCGAGAGAGACGCCCCCUGACUCUGGCAAUCCCAGAGUACCUGCAGGAACACAUGAGAGAUUACCUUUCACAGUACCCAGUGGCAACAGAAGUACAGAAGCUUUGGGAGGAGGAAGAGACGAGAGGACAGCAGACCGUAAACCAGGAGGAUGAGGAGGACUUGGUGACAGACGCCAUCACGGGCAGGCCAUACAGGCCUCUGUCUGAACAGGAGGCCCGGCAGCUCAACGCUCACCUGCAGGAUGAAUGGGAGAGGGCAAACCCUGGGAUGAGUGUGGAGCUCCCAGUCGAUGGCCACCGUCAGCGUGUGGUCUCGUCAGUGCAGUCCUCCAGGGUGGUUGUGAUCGCUGGUGAAACGGGAUGCGGAAAAACGACACGGCUCCCACGCUUCCUGCUGGAGGAGUGUGUAAGGGGGGGCAAGGGGGCCGAGUGCAACGUCCUGGUGACGCAGCCUCGACGGAUCAGCGCUGUGUCCGUGGCCCAUCGUGUUGCUCAUGAGAUGGGCCCAGCUCUAAAACACUUUGUGGGAUAUCAGGUGAGACUUGAGAGCCGACCACCAGAGCAGAGUGGAGGAGCCUUGCUCUUCCUCACAGUCGGCGUCCUGCUCAGAAAGCUGCAGUCGAACCCGUCCCUGAGGGGAAUCAGCCAUGUGGUGGUGGAUGAGGUUCAUGAGAGGGACAUUAACACGGACCUGCUGCUGGCUCUGCUGCGCUCCACGUUAAACGAAAACCCUGACCUUAGAGUGGUGCUUAUGAGCGCUACCGGGGACAAUCGGAGGCUGGCCCAGUACUUUGGAGGAUGCCCAAUUGUUAAAGUACCUGGGUUCAUGCACCCAGUGAAGGACCGAUACCUGGAGGAUGUGCUGAGAGAGAUGGGACGCCCACCGUCAGUCCAGAGAGAGGAGACGGACAAGAAGGGAAGAAGACAUGAGGUUACACCAGAUCUUGAUUUAGUAGCCGACGUAAUUGAGCACAUUGACAAACGUGGUGAGCCAGGUAGCAGUUUGUGUUUCCUCCCUGGAUGGCAGGACAUCCGGGCUGUUCAAGAGAAACUAGAGGCGAGGCCCCACUUUUCCUCAGGCUCACAGAUGAUCUUGCCAUUGCACUCGAGUUUAUCAGUAGCAGACCAGCAGGCAGUGUUUCAGCGCCCCCAAGGGGGGCAGAGGAAGAUCGUCCUCACUACUAACAUUGCUGAGACCUCAAUCACCAUUGAUGACAUUGUCCAUGUGGUGGAUGCAGGAACUCACAAAGAACAGAAUUAUGACCCCCUGACUAAGGUCUCCUGUCUGGACACAGUCUGGAUAUCUCAUUCUAAUGUGACUCAAAGAAAGGGGAGAGCAGGGCGAUGUCAGCCCGGACAGUCCUACCACCUGUUCCCACGAAAGCAGCUGGAAUCCAUGACUCCCUUCCCGAUCCCGGAGAUCCUGCGCACCCCACUUGAAAGUUUAGUAGUGCAAGCCAAAAUCCACAGUCCUGACUGCAAGGCUGUAGAUUUCUUAUCCCAAGUGUUGGACAGUCCAGAGCAAGAAGCUGUAAGAGAUGCUGUCCGAAAUCUACAAGACAUUGGAGUUUUGGACAAAACAGAAACCCUGACACCUUUAGGAGAGCGCAUUGCCUGUAUAUCAUGUGACCCUCGUCUGGGCAAAGUGCUCGUCCUGAGUACCAUGUUCAGAUGUGUUCUGCCCAUGUUGUCUGUAGCUGCUUGUCUGACCAGAGACCCUUUUCACAACAGCCUGCAGAACAGAACACUAGUCAACAAGGUGAAAGAUGCUCUGAGUGGCUGCAGCUACAGCGACUAUUUGGUGUUUAUCAGAGCUGUGUUGGGCUGGAGGAGAGUUCAGCAGGAGGGGGACAGAGAGGACAGAGAUGAAUAUCUGAACAAACACACUCUGUCCAGGACAGGCCUUCGAUUCAUCAGUGGUCUCAUGUCUCAGUUCAGCGAGAACCUGCACGAAGCCAAGCUGGUGUCUCGUGCCAGUGAGUGCCAGCAUCACGCUUCUCUGUACAACGAGCACAGCAACCAGGAUGAGCUGCUUAAAGCUGUACUGCUGGCUGGACUCUAUCCCAACCUCAUUCAGGUGAAGAAAGGUGUUGUGACCAAAGGAGGACGCUUUCGCCCCAACAGUAUGACUUUCCGCACAUUUAGUGGGCCAGUACUGCUUCACCGCUCCUCAGUGAACAGAGGAAAAGAGCUGCCUAGUCGCUGGUUGACCUUCUUCAGCGCUGUUAAGUCCAGCGGGAAUGUUUUUAUCAGAGACUCCUCUGCGGUCCAUCCACUCGCCUUGCUGCUGCUGACAGACUGUGAUAUCACAGAAAGGGUGAACGGAGACAGAGUGGAAGUGACGCUUCCCGGACGCUCUCUGGUGCGCUGCGAGUUGCCCGUCGAGACCUGGGAGCUGCUGUGGGAGCUACGCACUUCAAUUCAGACCAUGAUGUACCGCAACCUCAAUAAUCCAAGCAAUGCAGUCACCAACUCUUCUCAAGAUGGAAAGCUCAUCUCCUUACUCGUACAGUUGCUCAACAAUACAGACUCUAACCCUUUUGUUCAGAACCAUAACAGUGACGGUGAGGUGGACUGAUGACAUUGAGCACUUUUUACAUGUUUGUUCUGCUGGCUGGUGCAGAGAAACCAAAAAGGAUGGUGGGAUUUCAUUUGUAUGAGUUUAUUUUUUUUAAAUAUGAAUCGGUACUUAAUGUGCUAAAAUGUUCAGGACUCUUGAAGAGCACAAAUCCACAGUGGACUGCUGUCUGCUACUGUUACCUUUGGGGUAAAUGAUAAACCUCCAUGUGGUGUGAGGAAAUCCAUUCAUCUGGAUUUUGGACUGUGGUUUAUUUAUGGUUAUUUGCUUUCUGAAAAUCAGAAGUUUAAAAUUUACUCUUAACGAGUAAAAACAAAGGAUCAUUGGCCAAAGGUCAUUUAAAAAAAGACUGCCUGCAGUAUGUAAUAUCAAAUUUAUCACAAUAAAUAUUCACAUGCCAACAUGAGGAAAA